AUGUCUGACCAAGUACGAGCUGAGUAUCGAACUCGAUUAGGCGCAUCAAUUGAUUGUACUCAAUUUUUAUUACGGCAAGGUCUUGCAUUUCGGGACAUGAUGAGACUGAUGAUUCAAAGAGUGAAGGUAACUUUCUUGAACUAUUGCGAUGGUUGUACAACCAUAACAAAGGAUAUUGAAGCCGCGACUUUGAAAAAUGCUCCAAAUAAUUUAAAAUUGAUUGCACCUGAUACUCAAAAAGAUAUAGUAAACUGCAUUGCAACAGAAAUUGUUAAUUUAGUUAUACGAGAUGUGAGUGACAAACAAUUUUCUAUCUUGAUAGACAAAUCAAAAGAUAUAUCUUCAAACAAGCCGAUGUCAGUUGUAUUACGAUAUGUGGAUGAAGGUCAUGUGAUUGAACAAUUUAUUGGAAUCAUCCAUAUCAAUAAUACACGUGCCCUAUCACUUAAGGAAGUUAUUGAUGGUUUUUUCUCUCAACAUGGGUUAAGUAUUGCUAAUUUGCGAGGACGAGGAUAUGAUGGAGCAAGUAAUAUGCAAGUGAAUGUUAUUGGAGCAUCAGCGACACGUCGAGAUAUUCUACGAGAGAAACAUAGCAUGAAAAAUUUUGAAGCUUUAAAUAAUGGUGAAAUAUCAAGUGGAAGAGGAUUAAAUCAAGAGAUAAUGAUUAAAAGACCAGGAGAUACUCGAUGGGGAUCACAUUACAACACUUUAACGAGUUUAGUUACAAUGUUCUCUUCAGUAGUUGAUGUGCUUGAGACAAUUAUGGACAGUGGAUCAAAUUCAGAACAAAAAUAUGAAGCACGGAUUCUAAUGACUUCAAUCUUGUUAUUUGACUUUGUUUUCAAUAUGCAUCUCAUGAAAAAUAUAUUAGGAAUCACAAAUGACUUGUCUCAAGUCUUACAAAGAAAAUAUCAGGAUAUUGUGAAUGCAAUGAAUUUAGUCAACAUUUGUAAAGGUAGACUGCAAGCAAUGAGAGAAUCUGUCUUCUAUACUGUCAUUGAUAUGCAACUUCAAGAGUUGAAUAAUCGUUUUACUGAAUCAAGUACUGAAUUGCUUCUCUGUAUGGCUUGUUUGAAUCUGAUUAAUUCAUUUGCUGCUUUUGAUAAACAAAAACUUAGUCGACUUGCUCAGUUUUAUCCAAGAGACUUUUCAGCUAUUGAACUCUCUAUGCUUGAGGAUCAACUUCAAAAUUACAUUAUUGAUAUGCGUUCAGAGUUUGUUGAACUAAAAAACAUUGGUAAUCUUGCAGUGAAAAUGGUCGUUACGAAAAGAGAUAAGGUCAACCCAUUAGUUUAUCGAUUGCUCACAUUGGCGUUGAUUUUAUCAGUUGCAACAGCUACUGUAGAGAGAACAUUUUCUGCUAUGAAUAUUGUGAAGACUCAACUGCACAAUCGAAUGGGAGAUCAAUGGAUGAAUGAUUGUCUUAUAGCUUAUAUUGAGAAAGAUUUAUUGGAUAAGUUAGAUAAUAAGCUUAUCAUGGAUUGA